AUGGAGUGGUGGAAACUUUCGGGUACUUUUACUUUCAAAGUCCUUGGUGAAAAUUUCUUUUUGAUAGACUUCUCAGACUUGGGAGAUAAAGAGAGAGUUCUGGCUGGACGGCUGUGGGUGUUCGAAACUAAUCUCUUCAUCCUUGAGGACUUUGAUGGUAUCACCCCGCCAUCUCAGUUCAAUUUUGACAAGGCGGCGUUCUGGGUGAGGAUGAUCAAUCUACCUCUGGCCUGCAUGAACGUGGAGAUUGGAAGUAAGAUUGGGGCCACAGUGGGGAAGGUGGAAGCGGUGGAUGUGGAUGCAGAAGGGAUUGGAUGGGGAAAAUUUCUCAGAGUCAAGAUCUGCUUGGACCUAAAAAAGCCGCUCCCCAGGGGUAGGAAAAUAAAUAUUGAAGGAAGAGCAACCUUGAUCACAUUCCAAUAUGAGUGCCUGCCCAAAUUCUGUUUCCAAUGCGGAGUGAUUUGCCAUGGAAAGCUUGGGUGUUCAAAGAGAAGUGGGCUCCAUAAGAAGAAUGGGACUGAGUAUGGUCCAUGGCUCAGGGCGGCAUCUCCUACUCGCAAGCAGGAGAAGAUCCAUUCCAGGGAUUACCAAGAGAAGAAACAUGGACCAGUACCAAGCGAAGCCUAUCAUACACGAGGUGAAGGUCAGCAGAAUCGAAGGGAGAAAAGAAGCCAAUGCCACGACGACCUGAGGGAGAAGGGUGGUAGAACCGCUGCCGGUGACGGCGAAACACUGAAAGCGUGGAAACCGCGAUCACAUACGGCCAAAUAUGGAAUGUUUUUGAAUGAUGAAAUUAUGGGAAGAUCUGCUACCGAUGAUUAUGGGAAGAAACAAAAAGUAACAGAAUUUUCAAAUGGAGAAUCUGGUGGAUCAUCAGAUACGGGAUUUCAUGGGGAGCGAGAUUGCAGGAACGCUAGCAUGGAAAAUUUACGUGGCAGUUUUAAUGCGGGGAGGCGUGAUUUUACGAAUACAGCUGUGAAUGGUCUGAAGGUUAGUUCGAGGCGACAAAAUGGGGAUCAUAUGGGCCGCGUAGAAAAUUCCAUGAGCCCAAGUGGAUAUAUGGGGCCUCUAAUUUCAGAGGUGGAGCGUACCAUGCAGGAGAAAGGCCUAGGAGUUAAAGCUGACGCAACUCUAAUGAUGGCUAGUCCUGAGAAGCUGUUGGGCCCAUGCAAGAAAAGAAGUCGUGGAGAGCUGGAGACACACCUUGAUUCCUCUUAUCAAACAGAGGGGUCAAGGAAUGACCAAGAUGCAGGAGAAAAUAUGGGUUCUGUACCAAAAAGUGGGAAGCUGAGUAUCAAUGCAGGGAAGAAAACUGGAUCGGGAAUGGCGGUGGCUGUGGUGCAGCCCUGCCGACCGCAAUGA